AAAAUCAUAGUUGUAUUCAUCAUAGACGUGUAAUCGAAAGGGAGAGAAUUCUCAUAAAUUCGAGUAAAGAUCGAUCAAGACACUAAGCUAUAAAAAAUUGUCAUAAUUGCUCAUUAAUAAAGUGCAGUGAGAGGUUGAAUAGCGUAGUGGUUAUCUUUUAAAGGAGGACAAUGUCAAGGGAACAAACUUAAAGCCGGGCUGUAAUUCUGUUCUGUCGGUUUUGCAUCGGUUAAUGAAAAUUUCAAUGACAGUAUUCAUUUGUCCUUAAGAAAAAAGAAUUUUAUAGUUUGCAAGAACUAAACUUAUUGUACAAGGUGUGCUUUGUGUCUCAAAGGAAACAGAUAGUCAAAAGCGAGAAAUAUUUAACAAGAUCCCCUAUAAAGGACGAAAAUUGCAAUAAAAUAUUGGUAUUCAGUUAAUUUAAACAUACGUGGCAACAGAAUGAAUCACUUAUCAUACACGGUUUUAUUUUUGUUUAUUGUUGGGAUGGACAUUACCGUCGCAGAGUUUUCGGCGGACGAUUGCAAGAUGCUAGGAUUCAAUAAAGCCAACGUGCUCUGCUCGACUUGCGAACAUUUUGCCAAGUCUGAUUUAGAAAAAAUUUAUGCUACAUGUAAGGAAUGUUGUCUAAAAGAUAACGAUUACGACUUGUCCGGAUCGAAACGCUAUCCCAAAGCCGUCCUUGAAGUGUGCACAUGCAAGUUUGGGCAGUAUCCGCAAAUACAAGCCUUUAUCAAAAGCGAUCGACCGAAAAAAUACAAGAACCUCAGUAUAAAAUACGUAAGAGGUUUAGACCCAAUCAUUAAGUUGUACGAUGCGGAAAAUAAGAUUGAAGAUGUACUCGAUAUACACAAGUGGGAUACAGACUCCGUAGAUGAAUUUCUGUCGACUCAUCUUUCCAAGGAUUAAUAAAAUUAGGAGAUAUUGCAUUAUACAUGAUUGUUUCUAUUGAAUUCUUAAUAAACUGUCCAUUUAAUAUAUUA